UUCUGGAGGAAAAAUUAAAAUCAUGGAGGUUGCUGGAAGGAAAAUUGCUUCUCCGGUAAUGUGGAAUCACUUAAAGAAUGUUUUAACGUCUUUCUGUCUUCUUAAACUAGGUUUUCCAGGCUGGAGAAGAAAACAUCGUUAUCAGCUGAAACUCCGACUUACAAGCUUGCUCAUAACUUGCUGAAAUCUUGCAAGUCUCUUUGAAAUAACUGAGUGUGACUUAAAUUCAAACAAGACAUUUAAUUUCUCUAUUUGUCAGGAAGCCAUACGUCUUUAGUGUGUGAAUUUCAAAACCCCUGAUUUCACAUAAUAUGCAUGGAGGAGGAAGUCAUUGCCCCAGUAUUUUACUAGGGUCAAUGACACCUUUAUGUCUGUCUCUAUAUGUCUCUGUUUCAAGGCUAUGUUUUACCCAAGCAGGUCCUUGGGGACGUACCAUUUGUUAUCUGCACCCCCCUCCCAAUAAUGACUAGAAUCUGAACCCUCAAAUUUUUGUUGGAGCUCUUUCAAAAAAGAAAUCCUAAGGGUUCAUUCUUGUGGCAGCACCUUUGAAAAAUUUGUUCGAAGGGUCAAAUUUAUUCUGCUUCUUUGAAGAAAAAAUCCGAACCCUCCUAUUUGAAAAAAUGGAACGUCCCUUCAGAGAGUUGACUUAGUCUGUGUUUUGGAACAGCUGGUAAUCAGAUUAUUCUGCACUAACCCCCUUCAUCACUUCCUACAACUAAGUCCACAUAACUCCUUCAUUCCCCCCCUCCAUGCUUUCCAGGUUCACAGAACUCCCUUAAACUUAUUAGCCACUUAAAGGUUGCUCGGGAGACUGGGUCGAGAUGGUUGUCAAAGUGCAUUGUGGGACUGUUUUGAGGGACAAAUUUGCUGCCAUGUGGAAAAUUUGUCCCCCAAAACAGUCCCACAAUGCACUUUGAAACCAUCUCGACCCGGUCUCCCGUGCGACCUCAAAGUGGCUAACAUUCAAGUCUUUGCAUUUCAAGAGCAUUUCUCCACCCCACCCCCUACAGUCACUUUCACCUCCCAAAAGAAAGUAUGAGAAUUUUCCAAGACAAGGCACGGUAGACUGUCCUUUUGUUCAGGACAACAUGCUUACUGGUAUUUUUUGAUCCUCACUCUCAGGUGUUUGCAACUAAGGAUAACCCAGCUGCCGAUCCUCGACUUAUGAGAAGGAUCAUCGCAGAGGAUCCAGACUGGUAAGUUACUUGCUUGCAUCUUUAUAAUAAUAUUGAUGUCUUAAUCAAACAAACUUUAGGUGGUAUCACAUGCAUGUGAAACAAAUCCAGCUAGCCUGGUUGUGUACUUUAUUGGCUCUUUAGUGCCAUAACUAUUGUGAGAAACUUUGUGACAUUGUGGUCAGCAUUGUCAUCAUCACCAGCAUCACCCAUUGUCACCACUAUCAUGAGAAACUUUGUGCCAACAUGGUCAGCAUUGUCGUGAGAAACUUUGUGCCAACAUGGUCAGCAUUGUCGUCAUCACCAGCAUCACCCAUCAUCACCACUGUUGUGAGAAACUUUGUGACAACAUGGUCAAAAUUGUUGUCAUCACCAGCAUCACCUGUCGUCAUCACUAUCAUGAGAAACUUUGUGACAACAUGGUCAGCAUUGUCGUCAUCACCAGCAUCACCCAUCAUCACCACUGUUGUGAGAAACUUUGUGACAACAUGGUCAAAAUUGUUGUCAUCACCAGCAUCACCUGUCGUCAUCACUAUCAUGAGAAACUUUGUGACAACAUGGUCAGCAUUGUCGUCAUCACCAGCAUCACCUGUCGUCAUCACUAUUGUGAGAAACUUUGUGACAAUAUGGUCAGCAUUGUUGUCAUCAGUAGUAUCACCCAAUUAUCAUUUUUAUCUUGACGCUAUCAUGACCUUACAAUACUACUAUCGUUGUCGCAGCUGUAAACAGUCACUUUUUUAUCGUCGACAUUGUUAUCACCAUCAUCAUUGUCAUCAUAAACACAGGGCCGGGAAUUUUCACUGGCUAUUAUGAAAGUGACCCCUGCCUACUUUUGUAGGAAAAUAGAAGAAAAAUAGAACCAAACAAAAUCCCUAGCUACUGGAUUUCCCACCUGCUUGUAUCAUUAGCCCAUCAACUUGAAAUUUUAAUAACAGCCUGGAUCAUCAUCAACAUCAUCAUCAUGGCAUUGUUGUUUACUAGUAGUACACCACCGAUGUUGUCAUGACAACUGUCACCCUCAUCAUCAUUAUCUUGACUAUAGUCACUGAGAUAAUUUUUUUUAGCAACAGCACGAGUCACCUCAUUUAUUUCAAGACUUUGUUGUAAAAAGGCCUGACACCUUUGUAUAACUUCCUCUUCACAGGAGUCUUGCCACAGUUCCACUGCUAACAGAACUCUGUGUAAAGCACAUCGUUGGAAACUUUGAAGGUGAGAUUGAAUUCACUGCCACUUUGAUUUGGAUUAUAAAAAAUACAUCAGACUUCACUACAGUGAUACAAGUGGGUCUUAGCAUUGUCUCACUGGAGAGUAUGACAUUUUUUUGUAGAUAAUCCAAUUCUUGAUGAACUCCUCCCAAAGCACAAGUCCAAAGUGCUUGAUGCUCUUUCUACAGAAAUUGCAAUGAAGUAAGUACAUGUAGUAGUCGUAAGAUACAUUGUGGAUCUCAUUGAUUAUUUUCUGAAACCAAAAGAUUUUAACUUUAAGGCUUGUAUGCAUCUUAAAAUCCCUUAAAAAUCCUUGAAUUUCAGGAAGCCUUGAAAGUACUUGAAAUUGGGAAUGGGUUCUUGAGAGUCACUGAUUUUUUUACUGAUGAACAUCUCAAAAUUAUCAACACUUAAAAAGGUAGAAACUGCAAGUGCAGAGAAAAUAAAAAGCUUUCAAAACACGCAGAAUAGUUAUAAUUGUUUAUUGGUUUCCUGUACUCUCUUGUUACCAGUGCACUGUGCAUCUCCAUGCUGGCUGCAUGGAGAUGGACACCUGCUUGUGUUUUCAUAAUUCAAUCUCUCUCUCUUUUUUUACCUGAAAAAGUGCACAAACCCUGAACUAAUCAAUGCAUAAAUAACAAGUUUUCUCUUUCUUUUGUAUAAUAAAAAAUGUCUCAUUAAGUUGUUCCACACACUCAUGAUGUAGACUUCAUAUUUUUCAUCUGGUAUGAUGCUAUAUUAGCGAACUCUCAUUCUGAGCAACAUUGCUUUGAAAAUUCUAUAAUCAUGAUAUUUAAAUUUUUUAUUACAUAACCUGACAGAGUUACAGCUAAUCUCGUAUCAGAUGAGGGUUACUGGAAAAGAUGCUGUAAGGCAAGAUGGGAAGUAUGCGACAUAAAUCAACAUGGGAUUAGCUGGAAAAGAAUGUACUUUGAGAGGAAUCUGGAGGGUUUGUAUUAAAGACUUCUCUACUUUUGCCCCACUUAAACCCCAUAUCUUACUAGGCCUGCAAUGAUAGCGUGAUGCGUUGAUGAUCCACGAUAUUUCUUCCCAAAAUAUGAUCGUCAAUAUUCAAUCAAGAUAUCACAAUAUUAUGUUUCAAUUAAAUGUGUGCUACAUCAACAAAAUUUUGAAAUCACUGUCCCUAAUAUUCUUACCCAGGCUAUGCAUUUUAGCCCUUGCAGGGCAAUUUGUGAUGAAACCAAAAUGAAAGGCCAUGGUAAUAUGUUUAUUGACAUUCACAUAACCUCUCUAUUUGACCUGCAGGUAUUAUUGAGAACUUUGUUCCAGAAACCACAGAUCCAACUUUGGUAAGUUGUAAUAAUAUAGCCAAACAGGAGCUCUGACCUGGAAAAGUAUUUGGUGGCUAUUGUGUAGUGGAUGGUUUCCUCUAUUUUUCAUUUUAAAGAAACUUAUUUCCUAAAACUGGGUCACUUAUAGUAAUACAUGUACCAUAGUUAACUUGAUGUAAUCUUAAAAAAAUAUAUUCUGUUAUGUUAUUAUGAACCUCUUUUAUUCUGUGGACAGUUAAAUGAGACGCUCAAGCUGUCAGCCCCAUACGUGAGAGGCCUGAACAUCAGACAGCUUCUACCACCUGUUAAAGAAGCCUUAAUCAAAGAUGAUGAUGCCUCUGAUGCGUAAGUACAAUAGGGAUCAUUUUAUUAUAGAGAAAGGUGCAGUUAAGCCACAGUGAAUUUUGAAUGCGGUACUUUAAGGUGUUGCUAAUUUUUUGCUCUCCUGUGUGCUGAAGAAUCAAGAGGAAGGCUCAACUGGGAGAGAACAAUGACAAGGCUGUGCUCUAAGAAAAAUUGAAGGGAGCCCAGUGCUCUGAAACUGUAAAAUCUAGGGUGCCCAGCAUGUGAUUUGUGUGAAAAAUCUGAGAUUUUCUAGUCACCCGAGGGCAAAAGUUAGGCGCCAAGGGCCACUGGGCUCUGCUAGAGCACAGCCCUGAGUGUGCUUACCAGCAAAGUAAAGAAAUAUUGAAAUAUUUUGAAGAUCUCGCAACUUGUUUGCCCUGUGCAUUUUUGUCAGCUGAGUUCUUCGAUAUGAAUGGAACUAUAUUCAUGAAGACUCAUAUUUUUUGGAGUAAAUUACAAUUUUUUUUUUGGCUCCCACUCCAACUUUCGUGCAAGACUCGAUUGGAAACGCUUGCUACACAGGCUCUGACUAUAGGGGCUGCAAUAUUUAAGACUUCUGUUGUUUGACAAUUCUUUUUUUCUCAGGAAUGGAAUAUUCCUCUCAUUCACUAUAGCUGCAAUAAUGCAUUAUUCACACAAUAAGUUUCACUUCUACUUUUUUCUUCAAUUUUUAGUGGCAGUGAUGCAGGUCAAGAUGGUCCAAACAUUGAUCACUUUGAUUUUGGUCUUAUAACCCCAGGGCUAGUACAUCUAGAAGAACUACACUUGACUUUUGGGUAAGUGUUCAUCAUCAUUGUAUUACCUUGAAAAAACUUCAAAGUAGCCAAAAUUCUUGGUGUUACCAUUUAAAUGAAACCACUUAUGCAUGCUGAACCCCUAAGAAUGUCUUCAUGGGAAGUUACCACUUCAGCAGUUCCUUCACAUGUAGCCUACGUGCGGACUUUUUCUAUUUUCUUCGUGCAACAAAGGGAACAAGAGACGUUUGUUCACAGACUACUUCACUUGGUACCGUCUCUUUUGUGAAGUGGAACUAUGGGAUUUGUUUGGAAUAUUGGCUUUGACUGACAGACAAUAACAUUGUGACUUAAUUGGCCAAUUAGGGCGAUAACCAUUUGACAAGAAAAACUCAUUAUGACUCUGAAGAUGACUACCACUAAGAUUGUUGCAACACUAGUCACCAUCAACCGCAGUCCUAUUCAGCGGACAAAAAUUCUUCUUCGGACAAAACCACUUCAGUUGUUCCUUUACUUUGCCCCAUCUGUUUUUCAUAGUCAAAUUUAGGGAUUUGUCUGAAAUACUGGCUUUGACAGAAACACAGCCAACAACAUUGCGACUUAAUUGACCAGUCAGGCCAAUAACCAGGGUUUAGUAUCAUCAACUGACGUGAUAAACUCACUUUGACUCUGAAGAUGGCUACUGCAGAGGUUUUCGAAAUGUCAGUCAAUGUCAACAGCAGUGCUAUUCAGGAGUACAUGCCCCUGGACAAUCAUAUUCCACUUACUUAUAAUAUGAGUCCUGGAUGCAACUCAUUUACUGUGUUAUUUCUCUGACAGGGUUCGUGGUUGUGGCAUGAAUUUUGAGUGGAACUUGUUUCAGUUUACAGCAAGAGAUUGUCUUCUGCUUGCCAAGGUACUGCAUCUAGAAUUGAUGUGGUCCACAAAAUGCCCUUACCUUUUACUGUAGACACAGAAAUGUUUGGUGCUUAAACCUGCUUUUCAAAUCUCCUCCCCUUAAAAAAACCGAUGCCUUUUUUAUUGAGUUUCUGCAAGGGAAAAUAAGGUUGGACUGUCUGGAGCAUUUAUGAGCUGAAUGUUCAAAGAAAUUUUUUUCGCUGCGGUUUGGGAUGUCUAAGUCUUAAACAAAUCUUGAGCUACUUUGUCAACCAAUCAGAAAUUACAGUCAAGCAAAAGGUGACUUGCCCACACGCUAGGCUGUGAUGCUCUCGCCCCAACUUUUGCUACAAACUCGCAUGGAUACCCUUGCAAAAGGCAGUUUAGCCAUGUGCAUUAUCCCACAUUUGGCAGACACGCCCACUUCAUAUGUUUUCUCCGAGUUGUUAUUGGUGUAUAUGACUGUCUGCGCGUGUUGUCAUUGGCUAGGCAAAAGGUCCAAAAGAUCGCGCCUCUUUUUCAACCAAUCAGAGGUAAAACCAAAGCCAAUGGUAAUUUGUUGACACGUGUUUUCAGGCGCUUGGUGCCAGGUACCUGAAUUUUCAUUGAGUCCUGAUUGACUCGUUUGACUGUCUGUGCAUAUUGUGAUUGGCCAGGGAGAAAAUCGCACCACUUUUCCAAUUAGUCAGAAGAAGGUCAUCACAUUUGUCGAAAAAUAGUUACUUUUGUCACGAAGCACCCACCCGAAUGUUGAUUCACGUAUUACCCAUUUGCAAAAAACGUGAAUCCCAACAUUAGAGAAGUAGAAAAGAAGUAUACACGGGGAAAAGUUAGAUAAGUUGUUUGAUAAGCUGUGGCAUGAAAUACCCUCAGUUUUCGUCUGACAAAACUUGAUGGCUAUUGUAGAUCCCCUUUACCUUGGGUCAAGGAGGUCACUGUAAACUGACCAAAACAGGAAACUGCACAUGAAACGUCCCUAGCACCCAGGGUAAUCUUCUGUGUAAGUCUUGAUAAAACACACCUUCUUUACCUCCGAUUGGUUGAAAAAAGGGCGUGCUUUUCUGCAUGGCCAAUCACAACACGCGCAGAUAAUAUGCACCAAUCAGAACUCGGAGAAAACGUGAAGCGGGCGCGCCUGCCAAGCGCGGGAAAAUGAGAAAGGCUAGCCUGUCUUCCUGCAUCUGUUUCCACGCAAGAUUGUCGCGAAGCUGGAGCGAGAGCGGUAACCUUCUCUGUAAGUCUUGGUAAAAUACACCUUUUUAAUAAAACUAUACCUAAUAAGUAGGUUCGAGCAUUUCAGUGUAUCUUAUCCUCCUCUAUCCUAUUGUCUCGUUUUUUUAGGCUGUGAAAGCUUGUCAUACUUUAAAAGUUUUCCACCUUCAUCGUAGUGGAGUAGAUGACGAAAAAGUUCGGGUUCUUAUUAGUAACCUGUUGGACCACCCUUCUCUUCUUACGUUAGGUGGGUAAUCGUUUAUAUCCACCGCUAACAAACGUCUGAGUCGUUUUCCUUUUUACUCAGUAGUAUGAAAUUUAGGUGUAAAACCGGGCAAGGAUGUAUACACUAUACACUACAAUGUUUUUUUAUUUUUUCAUAUCGACAACAUUAAAUAAGAGCAUUGGCACGGGAGGCGUUCGAAAGGGAGCGACCGCGCACGCGUGAGGGAGCGCCCCUCGCGCUUCUCUCAUGCCUAAAAUACCCUUCCCCUUCCCCUUCGAACACUUGCUAUGCAGGCUAAAGCAAAAGCGAGGGUGAGAUUCGGGACGGGAUGAAGGAGUUUUUUGCCAGACUCGGAGAUGCUCGAGGUCAAGCGAUGUGGGGCUAGUUUUGCUUUAAAUCCCGAAUCCCGGCCUUCAAAUAACACAAACUCUGGAUUCUGAAAAACCUAUUAAAGACCCUUCGUUUAGUUUUAACCGAAGUUCAUUACUUCGCUUUUCAGAUCUUUCACACAAUAAGAUCAGCGACAGUGGAGCGAGAGCUGUAGGCAAACUAUUGAAUGGUCGAUGUAACUUAACUACUCUAAACCUCUGCGAUAAUAAGAUCCGAUCAGCCGGUGCUGCCGCCAUAGGACACGCCCUGGGCAAAAACACAACACUUACAAGUAUUAACCUCAGGCUAAACAGGUGAGAGGUGCAAAAUUUGAAGGUUGUCGUCGCGGUUGGUCCUAAAUAGAGAGCUUUAGAUUCUAAGAAGAGGACGACUACGAGAACGAAAUUUUCUCACUACAAAGUAGUGUGCGUGCGUGAACCAGCGUAAUUUUGGCGGGAAAACGAGAUAGCCGUCGUCAUUCUACUACGAGUUUUAUUGAGAAUGUCUUACUGGCGGAAACGAGUUAUCAAAUGAUAGGAGUUUCAUCAGUUUGCGUUCGUGAAAGGGCUUAACCUCCUUCAAUAAAGAUAACAGUACUAACUUUUCUGGUGAAUCAAAAGAACAUUGAAGUUUUCCGGGGUGUCUCCUUUUUGAGAUUACAAGGAAAAAGACUUUCAGUCAAAUCUUGUCGUCAAGUCGUUCUCGUCCUCGACUCUAAAAGUCUCUCUUGUGUUACUGCUAGUUUUUGUCCAGUACGGUUACCAACAAGGUGUUCCUUCCUUCAAUGUUUAAGCAGUUAUUAUUGUGUUUUUCUUAAUUUAGCGCCUACAAUCUUGGACAAAAAGUGUCAAGAGUUUUGCUUUUUCUUAGCCACAGAACGCCUAUCCCGCGGAUUUGGUUCCACUAUGUCUGUCCCCCCCGACCCACCCUGGUAAAUGUUGCUCAGUAGGGGUCAGAAAUAAUCCUGCCGACAUGCAACGUCCAUUUUUCUUAACAUUUUUGUCUAAGAUUGUAGUUCCCUGUGGCUGAAUUUGGUUUAAUUUCCUAAGGCAGCUCCUUUAAACACCCCAUCCAACACUGCCCAGCAUCAUCUAAAUUUGAAUGAAGAGACGAUCAUGGCAGUUAAAUAUGCAACUUAUGCAGUUGCCGUUAGAUUGGGAAAGAAAGCCUGAAAAAAUUCAGGCUUGCCUGGAUUCGAAUCCUGACGUUAAUUUGUUCGACUCAACAUGUUGGAAGGUCAGUUCGAUUCGUUUGAACGGUCCUUCGACGUAUUUUGUAUAAUAAAAUUUAUGCAGGAGCCCAUAACCCGGCGCGAGCAACUUCAAUGCACUCGUGUCACGGCGUUUUCACGGACCAGUUUAUUUUAAGAACGGUUUUGGCGCCAAGUUUGAAUAUCUUUUGAAUUCCACAAUUCAGUCAGCAAAACGUGCAGACCUAAAGUGAUAUUUUUUGCCUUUUAAUAACGUUUAGUUCCCCCCCCGGGGAGGGACUCCGCAUAUGAAAGGGGUGGGGAUGCUCGUCGGAAAUUUUGAAUUAAAUCCCUAAAGGAGACCAAUCUGGGCAUGGCCUAACCUUUUAUGACCUCUAAAAGCGAUUAUGUUAAACUUUGAUUUCAUGAAUCGAGUACAUAAAAAGAACUGAAAAUAUAUAACUUUUUAAUAUUUCUUCGAGUGCAACCCUAAAAGAUACCUUUACGGCUAAAUAUAAUCGUGUUUUGCCAAGAGCACCCUAAGCGAGACCAAAAUCCGAAAUUUACACCCCUAAGCGAGACGACGAGCAUCCCCACCCCUUUCAUAUGCAGAGUCCCCCCCCGGGAGUUUCCCUCUUUGAUAUCUUAUACUUCGAAUGCGUGCAUAGAGGACAUGGUGGAGAUUCCAUUUUCGCGGGAAAAAGUGCCCUAAAAUGUAUCUAAAAAUAAACUGCUCCGUAAAAACGCCGUGACAUAGGCCUGGUAUGGGAGUUACUCGCUCCGGUUUAUGGGCUCCUGAGUUAUACUAAUUAUCCUUUGCUGGUUUCUGUUGCCAGACUCGGAGAUGAUGGGGGUCAAGUGAUUUGCCGUGCUCUUCUCAAGAACAACACCCUAACACACGUUCAUCUCGGGAGUAAUGACCUCGGUGAACCAACAGCGGCCAUUCUUUCACAGGUAUUUAUAAAGUUUCUAGGUUCCUUUAAGGCUUCUAACCAUGGUUUUUCACACCACGCUGGUCUGCUUUAGUCUCCCUCUCAUCACUCACAGCCAUUUCUAGUGUCGUCACGCAAUGCUGGGGAUGAACGUUGCGUCACGGCACUAAAAAUGGUUGCGAGGGACACUAGGCCUGCGUGGUAUGAGUAGACGUUCAAUCGCGAGGGGCCUCGCGAGGGAAGUAAUCGACCGUGCGAGAACGGUAUGGUUCCUCGCGCGCCCAAAUCUUUUGUCCCUGUUACCCGGCUGGAAGUAAUGUGCGUAACCGCGUACAAGAAAGUGUAAAACGUGAUUUUCCUUUCUGGAGAAACAGAAAGAUCUCGGUUUCUCCGGCAGACUUCAUUGAAAACAAGGAAAGUGAAGCCUUGUACUUUCAGAUUUAAUUUUACUUACUCUUCCUCGACUGUGACAUUUCCAAGAACCUUAUCACAAUGUCGGUUUUGCGUGGAUAGCAAAAACAAAAUUAUUCGAAAUGGAUUUUAAGUGCUCCUUUUCUAUGAUAGACUGCGUGCUGUCUGCCUUUUCUUUUAAAAUCCGUUUGGUUCUUAUCUCAGCCAGCGCGAUUGUAAACCACGAUGCUACGCCCUCGCUUACGCCCUCGUUUAUCCCGGCUCGUGUGCUUGGGUUUCGAGUGCAGUUUCCCAGACUGACUGAUUCAUUUUUUUUGUUUUCUGAAAGGUUUUAGCCUCGAACAAAACGUUAGUGGAUCUUAACUUAUCUUGCAACAAUAUCGGAGCGGUGAGUGUUUGCUUGUUUCUACUCUACUGCUCGCAUUCUAUUUGUAUGACAGUUCUACUCUCACAGAAGCACUUCGGGAAGUUGUUUCCCCCAGAGGAGACGGGUAAUCUCGUCCCUAGGGCUUUCCCUAGGGAGGAGGGUGGGGAGAGGGGCCACUGCCUGCCAAUAGCUUAAUAGCUUACAUGUAGGGUUAGGUGGUUAGGAAAAAAGGAAAAGUUUGUGACAAUUGUAUUUAGUGUAAGCUGAAAUCGCCCCGUCUGCGCUUCCAACAACAAGUGGUAUGGCGCUCAUCUCUUAUGACAGAGCAGUUUUCGUCGAGUUUUAUUCUUCCGCGCAAUUUGAUUCGCUGGAAAAAAGCUCUUGCGCUGUAACACCCAGCAAUCCGGGAUAAAACCAAACCAGACAUGAGUCGUUCACACGACUUUAGAGGUAGCUUACCACAGACGUUUUUGAUCGAUGCACGUCAACCGGAGGAAAGGAACUCAAUAAUGCAAAUUUGAUAGAGUCAAGGCAUAUUACAGUCAACUCCAUUUAUUGCGGACACUGUAGGGACCUCGAGUUGGUGUCCUCAUUAGCGAGAGUCCGUAAUAGCGAGGGUUUAUUUCAGUCAAACGUCUGUAAUUUGUUUUUGCCUGGGAUUUAGCUGCUUGUGUCCGUAUUAUCGGGGUGUCCAUUAUAGCGGGGUGUCCGCGAGGCGAGAGUUGGCUGUAAUAGGAAAGAGACUUCACUACCGGUUGAGGUGCGUUGCUCCAAAAAGACGGAUCCUUUUACGUAUCUGGGUAACUGACCACCUACCCCUCCCCUAAACCAACAUUAACACUUACUUCUCACUUAGGGCAAAAUGUUGAUUUAGGGGAUGGGUAGGUGGUCAGUUACCCAGAAACGUAUAAUUAUCCAAAAAGACUUUGCUUUAGCUCCCCAUUGUAACCUAAAUGUGUUUUCGACAUUUGACUGUGGUUCUUAGGACGGUGGAAAAUCGCUACAAGAAGGAAUGGGGGAAAACUCAACAAUACGAGCCAUGGAUUUGAGAUUAACAGAAGUUGGUCAAGAAAAUGAGUACUGCAUAAACCAGUUAUUAAAAAGGAACAGGGAGGACCAAUACAAGCAAGGACAAACAAGCUAGGACUAUUUUCAUUUUGUUUGUACAAUGACUAACUUCGUGUUCAACAAAUUUCACCUUGUCAUAUAGUUUGGAUUGUGUUGUCUUCUAACACAUUGCCAAUGGAAAAUUUCAUAUCAGCAUAUGGAAGAAUAACUUGGAGUUUAUUUUGCAAGUUAUCUAAAGUUAUUCUUAAGUUAUUUAAAAAUAUUAAAAAGUAUCAAUGUCGUCUAAACACGCUUUCUUUGUGCGUUUCUCAUGAAUAUUUCAGUCAAUCAUAAUUCUCGUGCCGAUUUGUGCAUCGUGGUUUACUGUGUUAAAGUAGUUUCUUGAAUGUUGAGUCAAAAACUUUCUGCAAAAUAGAAUUUCAGCGUUUAGACUUGGAUUUCUUCUGCUAAGUAAGAAGAAAUCAAGCAUUGUUAAUCUGGAAAAUCUCUCAUUAUAUCAUGAUACCACUGGAGGAAACAUUUAAAAGUAUUUUCACGGUUCUUGAAGGUGAUAAA